AUGACUCCAGGAAGAUGGAGUGAACUGGGGAACCACUCAGAGGGGACUGAGUUCAUUCUGGUGGGUAUCACAGACCUUCAUGGCCUGCAGCUCCUGCUAUUUGCUGUGCUCCUGCCUACUUACCUGUUGACCUUGCUGGGCAACUUGUUCAUUGUGGUCCUCUCCCUGGCAGACCGCCGCCUGCAAACCCCCAUGUAUUAUCUCCUGAGGAAUUUCUCCCUGCUGGAGAUGGGCUUCACCUCAGCCAUCACUCCCCAGGUUCUCAGCCACCUCCUCACAGGCCAGAAGACCAUCUCCCUUCCCAGAUGCUUCUCCCAAAUGGUCCUUUAUUUCAUCCUGGGCACUGCAGAGUCCUUCCUGUUGGCUGUGAUGUCUGUGGACCGGUACCUAGCUAUCUGCUAUCCCCUGAGGUACCCAGCCCUCAUGACCAGUCGGACCUGCUUGGGGCUGGUGCUGGGCUGCUGGGCUGGGAGCUUUCUCUUCCUUUCUGGCCCUUGCAUCUGGCUACUUCUCUUGCCACUCUGUGGUCCAAAGGUGCUCAACCACUUCUUCUGUGACAGCACUCCCCUGCUGGCUCUGGUGUGCACUGACACCAGGCUUCUGCAGCUGUUUGCCUUCUUGGUGGCUGUGUGUACCCUGGCUGGUGCCCUCGCUGUGACAGCAGCAUCCUAUACCUGCAUCAUCUGGACCCUCCUACACUUGCCCUCUGCCCAGGGUCGGCGCAAGGCCUUCUCUACCUGCUCCUCCCACCUCCUGGUGGUCUCCAUCUCCUAUGGCAGCUGCAUCAUCAUGUACCUCAAUCCCACCCAGACAGGAAGGCUGGACCUCAACAAGGGGGUGGCCUUCUUCAACACCACUGUUGCCCCACUGUUGAACCCUUUUAUCUACUGCCUGAGGAACAAGCUGGUGCAGCAGGUCAGCAGAGAUGUUCUGGUCAGAGGAAGGGGGACUUCUCGGCACCUCAGAGUUUGA